CCCGCCCUAGCGACGGGCGCCUCGUUGCUAGGGGCGGAGGUUGGGCGGCUGUGUAGCCAGGCUGCUGCGAAGGACCCCCAGCUCGCCGUCCACGCUGGCCUCAGCUUCCGGCCGGGCCCGCCGAGGAGAUUAGACAGUGGCUGCCUGAACUAUUUUCCAGAGGAUAAAUCAUUACAAAUCAUUGAAUACAGCAGCUCACCACUAAGAUCUGUCGGUUUGGGGGAACCAGCACAGGACCUGCACAAACUAGGGAACACAACUGUAGCAACCACAAGGGAUGCUGCUGCUUGGGUGCCAACUGAAACGAGCUCCUCCUCAGAAGGUCUCCUGUGGGUUCUGUGCCGUGAUGGGGAAGCUGCAAAGCAAACUCAGACACAGCACUUACAGAUACAACAGGCCUGAUGGAGUUACAGAGGAGAAGAUUCAAACUAGAGCCUUUCAAGAGUAUAGCCCAGCCCACAUGGAUACCGUCUCUGCUGUUGCUGCUCUGAACUCAGACCUGUGUGUCUCUGGAGGAAAAGAUAAGACAGUUGUGGCCUAUAAUUGGAAAACUGGAAAUGUGGUGAAAAGGUUCAGAGGACAUGAACAUGAAAUCACUAAGGUAGCCUGCGUGCACAAAUCGAACCAGUUCUUCAGCGCCUCUCGGGACAGGAUGGUGAUGAUGUGGGACUUGUGUGGCUCCUCACAGCCGCGGCAGCAGUUCUCCGGCCAUGCCAUGGUGGUCACUGGCUUGGCUGUGAGCCCAGACUCAUCACAGCUGUGCACUGGCUCUCGGGACAACAGCCUGCUCCUGUGGGACGUGGGGACCGGACAGUGUGUGGAGAGAGCUUCUCUCUCCAGGAACCUGGUCACUCAUCUGUGCUGGGUCCCCAGAGAACCAUAUAUACUACAGACCUCUGAAGAUAAAACCAUCAGAUUAUGGGACGCUCGUGGUCUGCAGGUAGCUCAUAUGUUUCCUACAAAGCAGCACAUUCAGACCUACUGUGCGGUUAGUGAGGAUGGACACAAGUUCAUCUCCUGCAGCAGUGGCUUUGGAGGGGAAGGCUGUGAAGCCACGCUGUGGGACCUAAGGCAGACACAGAACAGAAUAUGUGAGUAUAAGGGGCAUUUCCAGACAGUUGCAUCCUGUGUCUUCCUACCAAGAGCCUGGGCUUUGAUGCCUUUAAUUGGUACCUCAUCACAUGACUGCAAGGUGAAGAUUUGGAACCAAGAUACUGGAGCCUGCCUUUUCACCUUGUCUCUGGAUGGAUCAGGGCCUCUGACUUCCCUGGCUGUUGGCGACACCAUCUCCUUAUUGUGUGCAAGUUUCAACAGAGGAAUUCACUUACUUCGAGUGGACCACAGCCGAGGGCUGGAAGUGCGGGAAGUGGCAGCCUUCUGAAGCCAAGAGACAUUCUCUGGACAAUAUCAAACCGUGGCCCCCCCUUUUCAGUGUGGCUUUGUGAUUUCCCAUGUGAAACUGGGGGGGAGAGGGAUGUGGAGCUGGUAGAUUCUGCUUAGGUUCACUUAGAAGGUAUACCAAUGUUAGAAGUCAAUUUAAGUCUGUUGGCUCAAAAUCAGGUACAGAGUUUAGAAAUAUGGACUAAACAUGAGUUUCUCCAUCUGUUGAAUCCAAAUGCCAUGGUUUAGUGAGCUUUUGGGACUGCUCUUCAAAAAAAAAUUUUAUUCCUCAAAAUUAUGACCUUUAGGUUGUAAAAGUGAUAGGCCUCUGCUGUGAGAGUCAAAACACAGGGUCUAAUUCUAUUGAACUGACUUUUUCCAUGUUCCACACAAGGAAAAAUAAGGAGGGGGAGAAACUCUAUUUUGAUUGCCUCAAAAUUGUUGAGAUGGGAAAGAAUAGUGCAGCUCUGCAGAGGAAAUGGCAUGAAAUUAAGCUCAAUCACUAGGGUUUUGUUUCUUAGGCUGCUUAAGCAAAUGCAAUGAAAUGGGUUGGGUUAAACAAUGGGAAUUUAUUUGCUUACGGUUUUGAGGCUGGAAAAAUAUCUAAAUCAAGGCAUCAUCAAGGCAAUGAUU